AGAUCCUGUGAAACGGAUGAUGGCCAAGGCUUGGGUUCACAUUUUCCGGCUUCGCAAUGUGUCGGGCGCUGAGCGGCGGGCGCAUCUGAGCAGCACGGGAAUGCGGAGAAAUCGAUGAAAUUUCUUCCUGACGAUGGUUUCCUGAUUCGCAGCGGUGCCUUCUGGUUGGUGGGAUAGGUGGGACUGCCCGGCCUCAGCGAAGGAGAAUAAGAGACCCCGCCGGCCGCCCUCAUGGCAGAAGGUGCAACCAAGCACAAACACACCUUCCACAGCCGAUGGGAUCUGCGGGGGUGUGUGCAGGUGGCGGCUGUGGUGGUGGUGGGUCUGCCUUAUCUUGCAGCGGCACCAAUGUGGCGCGCCAGCAGGUCAGCCGUCGGUCGUGUCCCCUGAAAUCCACCGAUAACACCGAAGAUCUCUUCCCUCUUUCUUGGUUGGCUUGUUUGCUCAUGCAGUUGUCGGCUGAUGUGUCGGGGGCUCGUGCUCGUGCGCUGCUGCACAGCCAAGGGGAUGUACAGGUACGCGCCUGGGUGGGUGGUGGAUGCACGACGUGACGCACCAGACACCCGAUCGGCGCAACACCUCACCUGCCGUGCUGUAUCUGCGUGUGGCCCCGGAGUGAAGUGUCGGCCAUGACGGGCAGAUCGACGCUCAUCAACGACCUCUUAGACAACCCACACACACAGGUGGGUACACACAGAUACCACAGGCGCAUCGAUACGAGCCAGGGGACCCGACAGAGUGUGGUGUGGUGUGGUGGGAUGUCGUCAGGUGGGCGUUAGCGGAUCGGUGGACGUAGAGCAUCAUGCCGAUGGCGGACCUGACGCAUCGAAUUCGGUGCGCCACGGGCAGCCAUGUGGUUCCUCUCUGCUGCUGUGUGUGCAUGUGUGAAUGCGUAUCUCUGUAUUGUCGCGGCAGGGUGGCGAUGGUAGCAGUUGUGGUACAGUGGCGGAGACGAACCAGAGGGCAUCUCGUCCAUCCAAUGAGGUGCGCAGGACCACAGACAUAAGGGCCAUCGGUGUCAGCUAUCUGGUACUCACUGCGCCCGUGUGUGUGUGUGUGCAGGUAGCUCUUACCGGCGUGGCGGGCGGUAUGGCGCUGUCAGACAAUGACGCACUCACGGUAGGCAAACAAACGACACACACAGAGGCAGACGGGAUGGUGGGCAGGCACGCCGUCCGCAUGUGUGUGUCUGCUGUGUCAAUUCGUGUAGGUGUCCGCGAGUGCGUCGUCGUGCCGUCCGUUCGCCAAUGGCAGCGCAGUGCCGGCGGGUCGAGUGUGGAUGUUGUCGGAGCAGAAGGACAAGGCUCUGGUGCUGGCGGACGUGUACCGCACGGAGCCGGAGCCGACGUACACGGAGGGAGGAGACUCUGCAUGAAGGAGGUCGAUGGGACGGAGAUUUUCGAGAUAGUGGUGCCCAGCACAACACCGCACUUCAAACAGCUUGACAAUCGUGCAGUAAGCAAACAGACACACACAGAGGGAGCGGGCUGUGUUUGAUGCCGGGCUGCGACCACCUCUCUCUCUGCGUGUGGUUGCUUGUUGGAAUCAGGUGUGUGGCGGCUUCCGUUACUACGACAAAGGAGAUCCCCUGGAGCCGCACCACCGACUUGCGGGCACGGUCGAGCAAACCACAGAUGGGGUAAGCGAAUAAUUAAUACAAGCGGGCAUGGCACAAACACGCGCAUGUGUGUGUGUAUGUAUGCUGAUGUCGUCACUGCUGUGAUCAGAAUGGACCUCGUGCAUCCAAUUCGGUACACCGAGAGACACGCAGAGACAUACGCCAUGUGAGUAUAUUCCGUCCAUCUCAUGGUCCCUUUGUGUGUGUGCAGGUAGCCGUGUCGGGCAGCAAGCGGGCUCGCGUGGAGCAUUCCCCAAGCCGUGCCGCUGCCAGUGGUGGGGCGCGACACACUUACGCAGAGCAUGGAUGACCCACCACACCAAUCAGAUACGCUCAUUCCCCUCUCUCUCUCUCUCUCUCUGUGUGUGUGUGUGUGUGUGUGUUCGUGCAGGUAGCUUGUCGGGCGGACCUCAGCAAGCGGCGCAGGGCCAUGACCAACAGCACCAACAGCAGCAGCAGGUCAGUGAGCCGACACGUGGCCAAGACAAUCACACAUCCACACACCCGCAGCGGACCCAUACCUUUUUGUCCGUGUGUGUGUCAGGUUGUCCAUCGGCCGUGUCUGUGUGGCCUGCCGGGCCACCUGUUGUGUGAGAUGGCGUCGCAUCUGACCACCAUCGAGGCCACCGCCCUCCUCUGCCUCAACAGCGACAUCAGGAGCAAGGCCAACUACGACCCAGACAACACACCCACCACCCAGGACAACACGGACGGCACGUCAGUCGGCAUCUUCCGACACCUCACCAUCGCACCUCACGAAACCGACACGUGGAAGAGGCUCAAGAAGGCCACGCGCACCCGGCUGUUGGGCAAGCUGGUGAGGGAUCCUUCGUUGACCGAGACAGAAACACCACCAGACUUGUCAUAUGUGGGCGGCCUCUCUGUUUGUCCUUUCCAUCAGGGUCAUGUCACGGAGGCCCGCAUCGCGGCCGCCGGACCGUACCCCCUGCCCUUCGUGUCGACAUCCCUCGAGGCCUCAAAGGCGACCCUCACACAGGUGUACAUCACGGUUGCUGACGAACGGCGUCGAUACAAGCCGAGGCCCAGGAAUCGGCCCCCACCCCCUGUGGCCUUCGACAAUGUCACCACGCUGCACGUGACGUCCGGCGUGUGGAUCCAACACUUCAGGUGAAUGAAGCCAAUGUGACAUGCCUGCCUGCGGAUCUGUCUGCUUGAAUCUGCCCGUGUCCUUUUGUGCUGUUUGUGUCAGUGACUGUAACUGGAGGUUCCAGAGCCUUGUCAACUUGCGAGUCGGUCACCUCACCAGUUGCAGAUACGGUGACCUCCCUCACCUCCCUCACCUCACUCGCAUCGUGCAGACAUCUCCCAAGCUCAAGACACUGACAACCGAGCGCAUCAAGGGACACGGCGUGGGCGACGGGUGGCGUGCCUUCACGGAUGCCCUCCGCGAGUGCAGACACCUCACCACCAUCCGUGGGGUGGAGGUCUACGACUCGGCUGACCUGCAGCAGGCCCUCGAGACCAUCUGGGGCCGAGAGGACAUGCAGGGUGAGAUGGACAGACACACACCCACACAUCCAUCCAUCCAUCAGCCACCUCUGUCUCAUAUGGCUGUAUUCGAUGCGUGUUGUCUUGCUGCCUUUCGCCAGGCGUCCAGAAGACCAUCCAGCUGCUGUUCACCAGCCCCACCAUCAGCCACACCUUCGACGAUCACACCCGCCCCCUGCACAAGUUCCUCACCUGGGCACGGAAGCUGGGCGUGUCCGUCGAGUGGCGACCCCUGGCCGAGCUGCCCCUGGUCGAGGAUGACGAUGACGAGCCCUCCAUGAGAGUGGACUGCAGGGAGGAGGUGUCGAGCGCUUCCCCUGCUGUGGUCCAGCAGCUGGCGCAACAGGCAACAAAGGUGAGAAGACAGCGACAUACACGGACUGAUCCAAAGGCUCACUUGUGAUGGUGUGUAUGUAUCCUAUUCCCUUUUUCAGGUGGAUCUCUACUGCGGUGGCACGCCUCUCCAUGAGUCGCGGAAGUCGCUCCUGACCUUCCCCAACGCCAAGACGCUGUACAUCGAUGCCCCUGACGACACGCCGGUGCAGAAGGGGCUGGACGGCAUCCCCCCAUUCGUGCUCGAGACCGACAAGGAGGACGGCAACAACAAAUGAUUCCCAGCCAUCGAGCACCUCGAC